AUGAGAAAACUCCUCGAUAAACAUGCUCCGGAAGUUUUACGGACUGUUACAUUUAGACCACACACUCCAUGGUACUCAGAUCAGCUACGAAAUGCUAAAUGCGUAAAGCGUUGCAGUGAACGUAGGUGGAAAAAGUCGGGGCUUGAGGUCGAUCGGCAAAUUUUUCGUGAUGACUGUAAAAAGUAUCGUAGUUUGCUCAAUAAAGCUAAAACAGACCAUUAUAAAGCUGAAUUCCAUAAAUGUGACUCAAGGCAGCUCUUCCAAAACGUUGCCACUAUGUCAAAUGGUUCAUCACGCACUUUCAGACCAGUGGGUAAAGACAGUGACAUUGCAGAUAAGUUUGCCACUUUUUUCAAAGACAAAAUCAAUCAAAUCCGUGAGUAUUUGGAUGAAACUAUACCCCCAACUAUGGCUGUUGACAUUUGUGAUUCUUGUGAAAAUGGUUUCUGCAAUUUUCUACCACUCUCUUAA